UGCAUGGGAUGUUGUCAUGUGGGCAGAAGAAGACGCAGGCGGGUGGGGGCGCUCUGCUCUCAUUAUCCCUUCUAACCAGAACGCAGGACUCAGUAGCUUUCCAGGGUGCUGAAAGUCGGAGCGUUCCCUCCUCUGUCUUUACUCCGAUCAAAAUAUAACCUUGAAACCAUAUUUCUUUUAUUUUGUCCGUUCACGUCGACCCUCAGUAAGGAUUUUUGUGGACUCUUCUGGUCGAUGGAUGUAUCCACUCGUGUAUGCGCAACAAGAGUGUGCUUUAAUAUUCAUUUGCACCUCUAGGGAAUACUGUAUUAAAAUUCAGGAUUUUAUUUUUUAAUUGGCUUUGGCUGACCGUUUGGACGUGAUAUGAGCUGAUCUAAGGUGAGUCGGCUCAGGGUUAAUUUGACGCAGAGCUACUUUAACAAGGACGUCAUGUCAACACGGAAUCACACGCGGCAAACGCAUGCAGUCUUACUUGAUGUGGCAAUGACGUUCGUAAUUAUAGCGUCGCGCGGAUACUGAGUGGACACCAGCGGUUUAGGGAUGUCAUCCCCUUGAAUCCCGGUGAAUCUUUACACCGCGGUGAAGGAUGGCUUCCGUCCUCUCGGCCGCCUUCGUCCUCUUGUUGGCCCUGAUCGGUCCCGUCGCCACGGUCAGUAACCUCGAGGAUUACGCCGGAGACGAGGCGGAGCGGACGGCCGGUGAAAACCUCGUGUUCGAUGACUACCGGGGCAAAGGGUGCGUGGACGACAGCGGUUUCGUGUACAAACUCGGGGAACGCUUCUACCCAGGCCACUCCAAUUGCCCCUGCGUGUGCACAGAGGACGGGCCGGUGUGUGACCAGCCCGAGUGCCCCAAACUUCACCCCAAGUGCACCAAAGUGGAGCACAAUGGCUGCUGCCCCGAGUGCAAGGAAGUUAAAAACUUUUGCGAGUAUCGAGGGAAAACGUACAAAAUUCUGGAAGAGUUUAAGCCGUCACCUUGUGAAUGGUGUCGCUGCGAGCCAAAUAAUGAGGUCCACUGUGUGGUGUCCGACUGCGCUGUCCCAGAGUGCGUCAACCCUGUCUAUGAGCCAGAGCAAUGCUGCCCCAUCUGUAAAAACGGUCCAAAUUGCUUCGCUGGCUCGACCAUCAUCCCAGCUGGAAUUGAAGUAAAAGUGGACGACUGCACCAUCUGCCGCUGCCACAACGGAGAUUGGUGGAAACCGGCUCAGUGCUUGCGGCGUGAGUGCCUCAACGGCCAGUCAUCGUAGAGAGACUCCAGUGGGGACUAAUGCACCAUUUUAUAGGUUCUGGAAGGAGCACAAUUCUGAAACAACCAGAAGAGGAACACUGUACAGAUACUGUCAGAAGCGUAGUGUGAUUCCACAGUUGAUGAUGGUUAUGAUGAUAGUGGUGUGGCUGUCUCCGGUCUUUUCCCACAACUUUUCUCUAAUAUGUACAGGAUUUGACUUGCUGCUGUCAACAUUUAAGAGUUGAACUUUCUUCACCGUGGGCAACGUGAAUUAAUCAUAAUGUUUGUUUUUGUUGUUCCUGUCAGACACGACCUAACAGCAGGAAAAGGGACUGCAAGCACAUGUCUGUGCUAGUUGUUUUUUCUCUGAGGAGGAUUAAAACACAUUGUCACAAAUUCACUUGAAAAGCUUGUUUACAGGAUGUAUGUCACAUUGAAAUGUGUAUUUCCAAUUACGGUUUGAAUUCACCUACUGUACAACACUGAUUGAUGCUAUUGUUCAUUAAAUUAGAUUGUAUUGAUUUCUGCUGAGUUGCAACAUAACAAAAAGUAUUAAAUGUGCCCUUUUAGGAAAAAAAAAUAAAAGUUGCAAAAUCAUAUACUGACAAACAUGUUGAGACAAGUUAAGGCUAGACUUAUUAUGUUUAAUAAAUGAUGAAAUGGUCAGUGUUUUCACACUUACAAUCAACACCAUUACCAGUAUGAGAAAUUGGCUUGUGCCUGUGAUUCUCUUCCUGAAACAAUUGCUUUUCCAAAACAUAUUUAUACAGUAUAUAUACGUAUAUUUAUAUAUAUAUUUAUAAAGGUAGUCCCCGGUUUAAGAAUGAACUCCGUUCCUGCGCUGGCGACGUAACACGAAUUUCUGCGCAAGUCGGAAUUAACUCUUUAAGUACCCUUAUUCUCCAAAUAACUAUCCAAAAACAUGUAUUAUACAUCAUAGUAAUAAAAUAAGGUAAAUAGAUAUUUUUCCCCGCCCUUAACAUCGAUCACACCAUACUUCUUACAACUGACAUUUAUUUAUUUGACACCGUCAAACUAUGAACACACAUUUAGAAAAUACAAUCAUGACAGAGUGUACGAUAAUGCUUUAAAGUAAAUCAGUAAGGAAAUAUUUGCUUACAAAAACACCUAAAUGGCUGCACAAUAAUGCUGAGGGAAAUAAGGUCCAAGUCUUGGGUAAUUCAAUGAGGAAAACAGCAACUAUGAGUGGCACCGGUUCCGCGGUGAAAACGAACGCUACUCAAAAAACUAGCAGGCUGAUAGCGAGCUAAUGGAGGGGUAUCACUGAGCCUGUGCUGUUUACCCUUUCUCUCUGCCUUCUUGUAAUGUUAAUUGGCGUUCACCCCCGCUUCCCAAUGUGAAAGCAACGCUCGAAAUCAAUAAAAAAGUAGCCCUGGCGUAACGUCAUACAAGUCCGAGUGCAACAAAGGAAAGCACACCGCAUAAAUAGUAUAAUGAAAUACCAGAUAUGCAUGGCAAUUACAGAUCAACCAUUUUAAUUUAAUGAAUACCAAAAUUAAAUGACAAAUAAUAUACUGUAUUUACCGUCAAUGUUGAGAGGUGGCGGACAAGACACGGUUACGCGAUGUGAAACAACAACAACAAAAAAUGACUGGAGACAAAAUGGCGGACGAAACUCACGCGUCCUAAAGUUGUAAUUACGUAAGUCGGGUACGUCUUAACGUGGGGAUUACCUGUAUAUACUAGUAUAUACAAGUAUAUAUAUUAUAUACUGUAUACAGUCUUGUGAAAAACUUGGGACACCCCAUUAAAUAUUCAGUUCUUUAUUAAGGAAUGUUUGCAUAUUAAUGUCUGAUCUUGUUUUUCCUUAUUUCAGGAUAAGAAAGUGAUUUAAUUGCAGGUAAACAACAAAAAUUAACAUUGUUUUACUCAUUAACCCAAUAUAAUCAACAAAAAUGCAUAUUCUAACAGAGGAAAAAGUUAGGACACCCUACCACCUCAUAGCUAGUGUUACCCCCUUUGGAUGAAAUAACGUCAGUGAGAUGCUUUUUGUAGCCAUCUACCAGUCUUUGACAUCGGUCUGAAGAAAGUUUGCCCCACUCCACAAUACAGAAUACAGUGGAAUGGCUGAUUUUGUAUUCUUUUGAGAUCUUUUGAAAUCCCGUAUCAGAGUCGUAGGCAUCUACAAUCUUCUUUCUGAAGGCCUCAGACUGCUCCUUUGAUCUCACCAUGGUGUUUUCUCUCACUUCAACAGUUAGGGGCACACCAAACUCAAUGUGAGGUUUAAAUAAGGCAUGCCUCCUUCAAAACACUGGGUAAUGAUGUUCUAAUCAUGUGCACCUGAUGUGAUACACUUGUGAUUUUAGCCAUUUUAAGUGGGAUUGAAUGUGGGGGUUUCCCAAUUUAUUCCUCAACAGAAAUUGCAUUUAUUUAAAAUAACAUUUCACAGAAAGUUACAAAAUAUCUUUUUUCUCCAAUUUUAAUUGUUUAGUUCUGUUACUUCAAUCUCUCAAGAUUAUUAAAAUUAAUGUUAAAUAUCCAUACGACCAAAUAUUAGAAAACACACAGGCUUCCAUAGGGAGUCCUAAUUUUUUCACAUGACUGUAUAUUACAUCCAUACAUACAUAUACACACUACCAUUCAAAAGUUUGGGGUCUAAGUGACCCCACUGUGUUUGUCUCUGCCUGUUGGUCUUGGGUUUCGUAUGUGAUUAUCACAAUAAGAUUACGUCAUACCUAGUUGUUUAGGAUUUUUAUUCUCUCAAAAGAAAAUGACUUCUGUUGUUACAUCAUUACAUUCUCAUCAUCAUGCUACCAAUCUUGUUUUGUCAGAGAAAUUUCUCACACCACCGUAGUAUUGAUACAGUAGGCUAUACUUACAGUAUAUCAAAUGAAAAGUGUAAGAUUGGGAAAGAGAUGGCCGAUUUUACAGAUAUUUACUACAGUCAACCUAAAAACAAAGUUUCUUUGUUAUUUAAUUGGAAACUCCAAUUUUGCUUUUUCAUAGAGGUGCUCCAAAUAUGGCCACAAACCAAAUGUUUUUACUUGCAAACAAAGUAAUUAGCGUGCCAAGAGCAGCCUGCUUCUAUUCCCCUUGAUCAAGCGGUUUGCAGAGUUUUAAAUCCUCCAGCUGGGUGCUUGGCAGUGCUGUAGCCUGCAAGCAGGGGAGCAGACAAAAGGGGGAAUCUGCAAAUGCUUUUAAGCAGCAUUAACAUGCACAUUGUCAUCCUGAGUAAUCACUAGCACUCAGUUCCUACGUGUAGCUUCACUGGUAAAAAUGUAUCUGUGGACUUUCAAAAUGCUAAAUAUUGUGCUCUAGCUAUUCUGUUUAAAUAACUUCAAUGUGGUGUAUUAAUGAUUGGAUGAAUUUUUCAUUUGACUUUACAGUACACUGGUACAAUAGUCCAAAUACCUCAUGAGAGUAGUUUUGUUAAUGCUUCAAUGCUUUAGCAUUGGUAUUACUGUCACUCAUCGCAAACCCCAACCAAGAAAAUAAUCAAAAACACUUCAUGAAGCAGCCUUACACCAUUUGUGUGUCCAUAUGGUUGUUAAGUCACUACACUAUACUUCCAAAUUCAUGGAGGAUGACGAAGAGAUGGCUCUUCAGCCAGAGACAUUCAAUUAACUCUUGGCCUAUCUCACCCCAGCUACAAAGUCUCAUGCUUACUCCAUUUUGAGUUUUUCUGCCUCCUGCGUCCUUCAAAAUGACUUCUGUGGAUAUAAGGAACAAAGCUUGUCGGAGCUAGACUUUUGCACGGUUUCAUGAAAUCAGCUGGGUUCAGGUAAGGUUCACAACCCAAUGUUUUUGACAUGAGAAAUACUCACCAGCAACUCAGCCUUGCUGUCCAGUAAAGCAGUCAUAUCAUCUAUCAUCAGAGCUCCCCCAUCCAAAUAAUCUCUUCCUGCUAACCUUUGAGAGCCUUUUCUUGGCUGCUGAUGGAUGGUCCACCUAAUAGCAGCAUUUGGCACCUUAUAAUUAGAUAGUAAUGAAAAUCAGAUAAAGACCAAUGACUUAUGAAUGGUUGUCGUAUCAAGGUGCAGCAGCAAUUGGUAGGUUAAAUCUUGGGCGCAAAAACUGAGCUAACGUCAUAUCCAUUAUUAAGCAGCUGUGAUUUAAAGUCUUUCCGGGCGGAAAGACAAGAGCCCAUCCAUCUGGCUUGAGGUAUGAAGACACCUUUGGUUUAUCAAUCACAACCAUAGCACUCCAGACAUCUUGAGACUAAUAAACAGUUAUUUAUCUUCAUUAUACAUAUCGCAGCCUUGUUAGAAUUCUGUCCAUGUGUAUGUGCUCGUACAAUUUGGAGUGACUCUACCGAGCAGCAAGAAAAAGGACUGUGAGCGCUUGAUGAAAAGAAAAGGCUUCGAGACAUUGCUCUCACCACUGAUGCCUUUUCGUUCUAAAAGGAUAAAUGAAGGUUGCUCUUUGGUGUUGUGGAAAAAGCACAAAAGGCUUCAACGUUAAUAAGCAUCCAUUUUACUCCACUGGAAGCCUUUCAGACCUGGCUUGAAACGAAAACAGACUGGACCCCGGACCGUCAGUGGACAGUCAAUUAAAAGGCCGUCGCAAAUGGCGCAGUGAGUCAACGACGACAAAACCAAUGGACUUUCUGUGUCCAUUUCACUAUAACUAUAUUGGACUGUAGAUUCAUAUGUAAAAAUAAGAAUGUUUCUUUGAAAAAAAUGACAUUUGUUCAACUAAAACAGUAGAUUCAGUGUUGACAUAGACCAGGGAUCGGCAUCCCGCGGCCCCUGAAGCCAGAUGCGGCUCUUUGAUCACUCUUAUGCGGGUCAGUUUUUUAAUUUAAUACAUGUAUACUUCAUUAAAAUUUAUUCUGGUGCUUUCGAGAUUUAACAAAGAAGUUCAACUGCCCUAGAGUAAGCAGAUCAAGUCAGGUUCACUGGUUUGUGUGCUCGAUAGCAUUACACUCUCACAGGUCAUGAAUUCACCAACUGUGUAAAGCAGGGGUCUCUAAACCAGUCCUCGAGGGCCGCUGUGGGUCCUGGUUUUUGUUCAUACUGAUCAAGCACAGACCUUUUAACCAAUGUGGUUUCUACUAAAACAAGCAGCACCUGACUGCAAUCAACUGAUUACACUUAUAAAACCCCAGAUUGGUGACAAGGUGUGGUCUUGUUUUGUUGGGAGUGAAAUCCUGCACCCACUGCGGCCCUAUGUGGAAUAGUUUGGAGACCACUGGUGUAAAGUCAAGGUUGCUGCUCAAAAGUACAUACCUGCAAGACUUUGCGCCAUUAAAAGGUGCAAAGACGUGUGGGCAAGCGUGACUUUACUUUGCUCACUCACGGAGGUCAUGAAUUGACCAACCAAUGUAACCAAUGUAAAUUAACGGUUGUCACUUGGAAGGUGUACCCACAAGUCUUUGCACCAUUUAUAGGCAUAAAAUUUGAAUAAAAAUUAAGAGGAUCACUUUAAGGGAGCAGGACAUAUGCGGAUUUUGGGUGGAAGGGGGGCAAUGGCCCCCAUGGUGGCCCAAAAAUUAAAUUUCAUUUAACUGACUUAUAUUGACCUAUAUAUCAAUUUAAAACACAUACCUAGCCGGUAAAAUGCUGUCUACUUAUAAAGCAAUAAAACAACAAAAAUGAAUGAAAUAAACAAGAAUCCUACAAAGUAUUACA